UGACAAGUCGCUUUAUCUCGUUUGUUGUCUUCGAAUUGCCUAAACUUACUUUUUUAGUUGUGUUUUUAUACAAAAUCAAAGGAAAUUUACAGUGAAGAUCAUAUAAAUUUGCAGCGGCUUAAUAUUAAAAGGGUAGCCAUGACGCUACAAAGGACUCAGGUUGUAAAUUUUGCUUUAUUAGCUUUUGCUAUUGUUCUGCAAUUUCAAACGACAGAAGUAUGGGGAAAACGCCUUCACGAGAAGAUAUACGAAUCGUUCUUUGGAGGCACCUGCUUUCGUCGUCUCAACGGUACCCACCAAACAGGAUGUUCCUCCGCCGAAUCUGGUUCUGUGGGAGCUUUACAUUAUGUAGACGAUAAUAGUCAACUGGAUUUCCUUUUGGACUCUCCACCUGCACCUCCUUAUGCUGCCAUUUUAAAGUCCGAUUUCUUUACACGAUCUAAUUUAAUGCGCCUCAAAAAUGAUGGCGGUCGCAACAUAACCGCCGUUAUAGUACUUAAUGCCUUCAAUAACUAUACCGAAGAAACGACUGGAUUUUCACAUGAGCUAAAAUGUCCCAAUCAAUAUAGUGGCAUUUUAAAGCCCAACUCAUUGGAGACUGCCACCUGUUCGGCUCUGCAGCCCGAGGAUACUUGGAAUCCUUGGGGUUCUGGUUUAUUGCAUGAAGAUUUCCCUUUUCCCAUAAUCAUUAUACCCGACAAUGAGACAGUGGUUAGACUCAUUGACUGUUUUAAGAAAUUCAACAAUUUCGAUUAUAAAACUCAACAUUUGCGCAGUCUAUGUGCUGUAGAAAUAAAAAGUUUCAUGAGUGCUGCUGUUAAUACAGAGGUCUGUUGGAGACGUUCCAAUUUCAUACAUAAUUUUGCCACUACAAGAUAUUGUGAUCCGCUGGAGGGUAGAAAUGUCUAUGCGACUUUAUUCCCUCGUAAAAUGGUGGAAGUAGAUGAGAUGAGUGCCAGCAGGGCUUCACAAAUUGACCGAGAAGAGAAAUUUAUAAUGGUUACAACGCGAAUGGAUACUACGGGCAUGUUCGAAGGUGUCUAUGGUGUUGGCGCCAUGGACUCCUUGACCGGCUAUACAAUUCUUAUUAGUGUUGCCCACACACUCUCGCGUCUUUUAAGCGACAAAAGACUAUUGCUAAACCCCAAACUCAAUAUUCUCUUCAUGAUAUUCAAUGGCGAGUCCUAUGACUACAUUGGAUCUCAACGCUUUAUCUAUGAUGUGGAAAAUUCGCGUUUCCCCAAACUAUCGUCUCGCACUGCACCCAUUGCAUUGGAAAAUAUUGAAUACGUUUUGGAUUUGGGAACAUUUGAUACCAUAUCCAAUAUCAAAUUGCAUGCCUUAUCCGAAUUUCCCUAUGCCAAAGCUAUGCUGGAAAAGUUUCAACUAUACGCUACAAAAUCUAAAUAUGAUUUCAAUAUACGCUUUGAAAGCUCUAUUGGUUAUCAAAUGCCACCUACUUCGGCGCAAUCAUUUCUAAGAAAGAACAUUUCAUUUCCUGCUACAAUCCUGAAUGCUCCACCCUCAAAUCGUUUCUAUCAUUCGGUAUAUGAUGAUGGAGCAAAUGUGAGAUACAAUUAUACAAACUCAUCGCUGGACUACACCAAACUCAUGGACCAAGCUGAGGCAUUCAAGAAAUUCAAAGCCAAUGAUGUACAAAUGAAAAUACGCAAUGUUUCUGCGGUGGUGACCAUGUCAUUGUAUGAGGUCUUAACGGGGAAGGAAUACAAUGGUGAUAUUUUACCUAGUCCGGUAUUGAUUGAUGAGAUUUUGUAUUGUUUCAUUAAGUCGCAGAAUUGUCCGUUGUUUUUUGCGGCCUCCAAACCAAACAGUUUUAAGAAAUUACCUUUAAUCGCGCCAAAUCGCUAUAUCAGUGUCAAUAGAGACACCGAAGAAGCAACACUUUGGACCCUUCGGAUCAUGGGCUAUCUGUUGUCGCAAAAACUAGACAAUGUCCCUAGAGAGAAUUGCACCUAUUUACCACGUUAUUGGUUUGCUGGCUACAACAAACAGGGCGAAUGUCGUUUGACCACACAAAAUGAUUCAUUAGCCUUAAGUCCUGCAUUUACAAUUGAAAAUUACAAUUGGAGCUCUGGUGAAUACUCCACAUGGUCUGAGUCAACAUGGAGUUCAUUAAGUUCCCGUUUAUUCUUACGGCCGUCCCGAACACAUGAAAUUAUCACCUUGACCACCGGCAUUGUGGUCUUUUUAUUGUCAUUUUGUUUAAUUUAUAUUAUCAGCACAAAAUCAGAGAUACUUUUCGAAGAUCCCGGACCAAAUGCUAGCACAGAUGCGUUAAACCCACCUACGGCUUGUUAAAAUAUGAUCUCCUCCCCUCUCUACCAUCAUGCCACAAUUUUGUUUCUAACACUUUUAUUGCACUACUUACUGCUACCAACCGUAGAAAACAACUACAAGAACAACCAGAACAACAAUAUACAACUUUAGAAUUGCAAUACUCCUGGCAUAGAUGUGAAAAGGUUCCAUUUUUAAGCUGGAACUGUGUGUUUUUUAUUUUUUUUUUUUUUUGCUAAAGACUUAAGUGUUUUCUUUGUUUCUUUUAUAGAUACAAAAUAGUUUGUAUUUUUGUAUUAACGCUAUGUUGUAACUAAAUCAUUUCUUUUUUCUUACAUACAUGACAUUUCGUAGUUGUUUUAAGGCUAGACUAGAGAUUUAGCAAUUUUGGGAUACUCGAAAGGGCCAGAUUUCAUAACCUUGUUUGCCAUUCUAAGGCUACAUGGAAUUGUAAGAUUUUUUAUUGGAACUAUCACAUCCAUAUAAAAAUUUUUUAAAAAAAAUAUGGGAGCAGCAUUGUCUUUUUGCGACUAAAAGUGCUUUUGCACGACAUGUGCUUUGUGCAUAUGUGCUGUCACUUUCUGUACAUACAAUACUUUUCUUAUGUACGCAAACAUGAAUAGAGCGCGCUCUAAUGGUCAAAUAUUUUCAUACGUAUUGUAAUUUUCUUUUAAUAAACAUCUGUUUACAUGUAUGUUCGAUGAAUUAAGAGCUCUUUUUAGUCGAAAUUAUUGCAUAUGUAUUCCAAAAUCCAUUUUUUCGUAUUAAAGGCCUGGUUAUGCUCUCAUAAAUGUACCGUAAAUGUAUCGUACAACUUUCAGAGUUGCCUUAUGCUUGAAAAAAAGAAACACAAUCAUACAUAUCGUGUAAUACCACCUUAUGUGUUUAUUGGGGCUUGUUCUAAGUCCUGUGUCUCUUAUGUUUGACGAAAUAACAACUCCCU